AAUGCUUUUGUCCCAGAGAACUACUUUCGGCUAGUCCUUGGUCUUGUUCUGGGCAUUCUGAAUCUCCAUGAAUUAGUAUUUGUCCAUUGAAAGUAAAUCCAUGGAAGAUUAUAUCAUAAAUAUGGUCGUGUUUGGAGUGGUUUCAUGGACAACUGCUUUCCUACUCGUCAGAAAAAUCUUCCCAAAACGUUCCUUUGAUUUCUGCAGUCGCAUUGUUUCCACGACCCAUGCAUCCUUAGCUGUAGCUCUUGCUAUCAUCUCUGUGGAAGAUUGGACCUGCUCACUGUGUGAUCUUGCUUCAAGAUCAUCUCGUCAGCAGGUAUAUGCUUUAAAGUACUUAAAUCUACUACUCUUUUUGGUAAAUAACCUAUCCUUUAUUAAUGGUUACUUGGAUUUUAAAUAUAUGGUAACUAAGCAGGCGCAGACACUAGCAGUGAGCAUGGCUUAUCUCAUCUAUGAUUUGGUAUGCUGCGCCUUCCACAAGAAAGUUGAGCUUGACAAUUUAAUCCACCAUUCAGUGGGAAUUGUUGGGAUUUGGGCAGCCCUUUCCUAUGAUCUGCGCGGAUCUGGGACGGUUGUGACGCUAUGCGUGGCAGAGGUGUCCACCCCUUUCCUCCACCUUAGGGAGAUUCUGAAAGAGCUUGGUUACAGGGACACUGACCUUAAUUUGGCAGCUGAUAUUUUAUUUGCAGUAAUAUUCUCAUUUGCGAGGAUGGUCAUCGGACCAUUUUUAACUUAUGCAAUGUUAUCUACUAGCUGCAAUCCACCGCUCUUAAAGGCAAUGGCACUGGGAUUGCAGCUAAUCAGUGCUUUCUGGUUCUACAAGAUUGUGAGGAUGGUGAAGCACAAACUGUUCAAGAGGAUUCCACCAAAAACUAUCACCUCAAGCUACCAUAUACAGACAAAAUAAACUCCAAUGAAACUACUUGAAUCAUCAGCGCAAGCAUAAGAUUGAUUCAUACCGACCAAAUGCCCAUGUACCAGAAGUUGGGUGCUUGACCCCUAUUCCUUGGAGUAACUAUGAAUAAUAAUAAAGCUCCUAAGCAAAUAGGUAUAUGUUUGGUAGUAAGUGUUCCUAUUUUCACAUUAAAACAAGAACAUUUGUUACAUGGUUUGUCUGGUAAUGGGUUGAUUCCAUAGUGCUUGCCUGAA